CGAAUUAAUUAUUUUAUUAAAUUAAUAAACAGAAAAAUUCAAUGGAGAUUUAUGAUGUACACCUCGGACUGAGGUAUUAUACACUUUUAUAUUUAUAAUAAUAAACCACUGCUGUGGACCAUACAAGAAGCUGCAUUCCUCCCCAAACUUGUCAGGUUGAUGCGAAAUCACGUCUUAUCAUUGUUUCUUAUCUUAUUCUUAUUCUUAUCUUAUAUCUUCAGUAACACAGUUCGUAUCAUUAUACUUGUUGUCCGAUUGACAUGUCAGCAAAGCUAACGCAAUGCACGGACAUAGCUUUAAGAGAAUUAUAUCCCCAAACAGGGACUUGUAACCGUUAAUAUUCAAUUUGAAAUACCUACAUUUAAGUAGAAACACCAUAUCAUAACAAAGUAUGUACACGAAUUAAAUAUAUAUCUCACGCUAAAACAGUUACAAUCAAUAACGAUGGAAAAGCAAACCGAUGACCGAUCAGUCAAGUCCAAAAAUAAAAAACAGACAAGGAAAAAGAACAAAGCUGAUAGUACUGAAAACCAGGACUUGAAUGUGAACCAACUUGAAUGUGAUGUUAAAAACCAUAAAACCAAUGAACAAAAAGUAAUCAACGAACAAAAAUUAAACAACGAACAAAAACUAAUUGACGAUCAAAAACCUGAUAUAUUCAACAAUUUUAAAAUUAGUAUUGAAAUAAAUAUAUUAGCAGUAAUACUCUUUUUGUCAGCUUUGUCAUCAAGAUUUUUUAAACUUGAUCAACCCCGCAAUGUUGUAUUUGAUGAACUUCACCACGGAAAGUAUGUAAGUUUGUAUAUGAAGCGAACAUUUUUCUUUGACACUCAUCCACCUCUUGGGAAGCAAUUAAUAGCAGCUGUUGCAUAUUUAUAUAAUUACAAUGGUCAAUUUAAAUUUGAAAGAAUUGGAAGUGAGUUUAGUGAUGAUGUCCCAUUAUUUGGUCUACGUUUUGUACCAGCAUUAUGCGGUAGUUUGAUUAUUCCUGUUGCAUAUCAAUUAAUGUUGGAACUAGGUUGUCGACAUUGGUGUGCUGCUCUUGCUGCAUUUCUUCUUCUUUGUGAAAACACAUUAUUAACACAAUCUCGAUUCAUCUUGAUGGAAUCUAUACUAAUAUUUUUUACAUUAUGUGGAUUGUUAUUUGUGUUAAAGUAUAAAAGACUGAAUAUGAAAUCUCCUUGGGCAUUGACUUACUUAAUAAUUGCUUCUGUAUGUCUAACUAUGGCCACAUGUGUCAAGUAUGUUGGACUUCUUUCAUGGCUUUUGAGCCUAUGGAUAAUCUGUAGAGAUUUCUGGGUUAACCAUUUAGGAGAUAAGCGUCUAUCAGAUUUUACUAUUUUCUUAUGUGUAAUAUUAAGAUGUAUUAUUACAUUUUUAAUAUCUAUUGCCAUUUAUUUUUCUGUAUUUUUUAUUCAUCUUAUAAUUUUGAAUAAAGCCGGACCACAUGAUAGUGUUAUGACAAGUGCUUUUCAAGCUAGCCUAGAAGGGGGACUAGCAUCUAUUACCAAAGGUCAACCUUUGCAUGUUUCACAUGGAUCACAAAUAACAUUACGUCAUACACAUGGAAGAACAUGUUGGCUUCACUCACAUACUCAUGUUUAUCCUAUCAAAUAUGCUGAUAAACGGGGAAGUUCUCAUCAACAACAAGUUACAUGUUAUACAUUUAAGGAUGUAAAUAAUUGGUGGAUAGUUAAAAGACCAGAAAGAAACACAUUAGCAGUAGAAAAUACAAAGGACCCUGAUGGUAUAAAACAUGGUGAUAUUAUUCAAUUAGUACAUGGAAUGACAAGUCGUGCUUUAAAUUCUCAUGAUGUUGCAGCACCUGUAUCACCACAGAAUCAAGAAGUAUCAUGCUACAUUGAUUAUAAUGUUUCUAUGCCUGCUCAAAAUCUGUGGAAAGUAGAAAUAAUCAAUCGAGAUCAAUUUGGAGAUGUUUGGCAAGCUAUUAAUUCACAGGUAAUACUAACUCAUUUAAAUUCAACACAAGCAUUGAAGUUCAGUGGUAGACAGUUACCAGAUUGGGGAUUUAAUCAGCACGAAGUAGUUACAGAUAAGAUAAUAUUUCAAGAUGAUACAGUAUGGAAUGUUGAAGAACAUCGCUAUACUAAGAGCGAAAAUGAAAAAGAAAGAGAACGUGAACUUGUCGCUGCUGAAAUGAUACCAUCAAAAGGAACAAAAUUAGGUCUUUGGGAACGAUUUUGGGAAUUACAAUACAAAAUUAUAUUUUCUUCACCAAACACACAAAAUGUUCAUUCACACAUGUAUAGUAGUGAACCACUUGAUUGGCCAUUAAUGGUUCGAGGAGUUGCCUAUUGGUUAAGUGAACAUGAUAAUGGACAAAUUCACCUAUUGGGAAACAUUAUUGUAUGGUAUUCAUCUACAUUAUGUCUAUUGUUAUAUUUAUCAUUCUUUGCGUUUUAUUUACUACGCCAAAGAAGACAAAUUUAUGAUUUAUCUUUAGAUGAAUGGGAACAAUUCAAAACAAUUGGAGAAGUUUUAUUAGUUGGAUAUGGCUUACAUUAUAUUCCAUAUUUUUUUAUUGAUCGUACAUUAUUUUUACAUCAUUAUUUGCCUGCUCUUGUGUUUAAGAUAUUAUUAUGCGCUGCAUUUCUACAACACCUAGCAAAUAUUGUUAAAACAAAAUUAAUCCCAAGAUUUAUUUUUCAUUUAAGUCUUUGCAUAUGGAUUUUAAGUGUUAUGUAUGUAUUUAAAAAGUUUAUUGUCUUCAGUUAUGGAACUACUCCUUUAACAUCUAAAGAAGUUUUUAAACUACGUUGGAAAGAUACUUGGGACUUCAUUAUUCAUAAACCAUAAGUGUAAUAAUUUGGUGAUUAUACUAGUAAAAUACUUAACUGGUGGAUUUAGUAUGACAACAUUUAUUUAUUAGCAUUUUUGAUUAAAUUUAAAUUUUUUAUUAUUUUAAGAUAUACUUUAGGUUACAUCCACUAUUAUGUUCAUUAGUUAUUUCAAUUUUCAUUGUUAAAUAAUACAUAUUUAUUAAAAAAAACUAAAUUAAAGUAAAAGUGUAUAAUUAAAGGAGGACGCCACACCUGUAUCUAGGCUCAUGUAUACGCAAGUAUUUAAGUUAUUUCAAAUUGAAAAUAUCUAGCUUAUAAGUUAAAAUAUUUAAACAAAAAUUCAAUACUACAUAAUUGAUAUUAUAAAUUUAUAACCUUUAACUUUGAUAAUAAGUAAAUUCAAUCUAAUAUUAAAGCUAUUAACAUGAUGGGUUCUACUGAACGCAAAUUUGCUAUGUUGUAUAUAAUAUGUAAGAUAGAUACAACAUAAGCGGAUGUGAUAUCCUCUGAAUAGUAACUAUAUAAAAGUCAACAUGGACUUUUAACUGCCAAUUUAUAUUAUUGUUUAUUCAGUCUUUCUACAAAUGAAAACUUAAAAUAUUAUGCUCUCUUAUUUGAUAAUAUAACUACAACUUAUAUGAUUAAAACAUUUAAAGAAUAGUAAUUUAUUUAAUAAUUAUUAUUUCAUAAAUCUAAUAUACUUUUACACAACACAAGAUAUAGAUGGUAUUAUGUAUUAAUUUUUUUUUUUUUUUAGUACCAAUAGUUAGUAUUGUCAAGUAUUCGUGGUUUUCACCAACUUUUUUUAAGCAUGGUUUCCAUCUAUAGUUUUAAAUAAGUUGUUUGUAAAUAUUCUUUUUUUUCUAUUUCUCAUUAUAAACAUCAUCAAAUGUGCAAUAUAAUUUUCAUUUCGUCCAAAUGUCAACAUUUUAUUUCUUAUAUUUAUAACCAAUUAUUACCACAUUGAAAGAACUAAAAAAAAUGUAUACUUUUUACAUUAACUUUGAUACAAUAACUUACUAUUAAUUUAUAGAUCUCUACUGGAAUUCAUUGAUUUUGAUCUUGUUUACUGAUAUUGAUAUAAAAUAUAUUCAUAUCAUGUAAAUAAAAUAAGGGGACUGCAGUAUUUGUAUAGAAAAGUAAUUUUUUGACUAAAUCACUGGAGAAUACUGUAGGAUUUUGGCUGGACAAAUUUUUCUCUUAAAAUAUAUUUUGGUUUUUUAACAAGUUUUAUUCAGUAUUUGUUUUUUAAUUGAAAUAAUUAAUAACGUGAACAGUAUUUUUUAUUUUUUAUUAUUAUACAAACAAAUGUUGGAAAUAUUAAUUUAAAUUAUUUUUAAGUUACGAACAAAUAACUACUUAAAAUGUAUACUUAACUUUUAUUUAUUUAUUUUAAUUAGAUCUAUUAAAAAUUAUUCUUAAACUAAAAAAUAUUCUUCUUAUGAUUAUGUCAUAAGUAGCGUUAUCUAUUUGUAAAUAACAAUGAUCAUAAGAUAAUUAAAACUUGAAUAAGUUAUAUUAUGAUUAUUAUUUCAUAGUAAUUUAUUAUAUGAUGGUAUAUUGUGAUUAAUUUACAUUUGUAUUGAACAAAAUUACACAGGGUAUUAUAAUAUAAUAUAGUAUUAUAAAUAUUAUAGUAAUAGUAUUACUAACAUAAUUUUAAAUAUUUGUUAAUUAGUAUAAUUUAUUUAAUUUAUUGUCAAGAUAUUUCUCUAAAUUAUAGUCAAGUACACACUGUUACAUUUAAAAUUAAUUUAUUAGAAUGAAAUCAAUUUAUAAGACUUUCAUUUAUUAAUAUUAUCAUUAUUAAAUUAUUAUUUGUAGUAAUACAUUUAUUUGUCUUUUAGGUUCUGCUUUUUUAUGUGAAAUAUUAGAACCAUUACCACUACUAUCAAAUGCCUCCAACUUUCCAUUUCUUUCCCUAUUUUUUUCUAUUUUUGCAUGUAAGAGUAAUGAAUCUUUGGCAGUCAUAAUUUUCCAUCAUUACAUAAGCUAUCCUCUAGGACUUAAUAUCAUUUUAUGAUGUCUUCUGACUUCUGUACAGGAUUAUAAUUCAGCCUCCUAUUCUCAAUAAAUUAAAUUUUAUUUAUCUAUCUAUAAAAAUCUUAUAGUUUUUGGUUCCUUCUUAGAUGUUUCUUUUUGGUUCAAUUAUACUUCAAAAUAAUUAGUCUUAAUGUAGCAAUUUUUUUUUUUUUAAUCAUUUUUGUUCUCAACUUAAGAUUUUUAAUUAAAUAGUGGUGUGAGUGAAAAUACUAUUUAGUUGCUGCCACCAAUUUUAUUCCUUCAUUGCUGUUGGAUGUUCUCGUUAAUAUUUACCUUUAAGUAUUUUAAAUUUAUCACCUUUUUAAAACUAUUGUUUAUUACGAUGUCUUGUUCCUAAUUUAUGCCUCAUGUCAUGAAUAUCAUAUAUUAGUAUUUGGUUUCCUCUUCAUUUAUUAUUAAUCCACUUUAAUAUAAUAUGCAAAUGUAUUUCAAACUUUUUAAUUAUCUAAUAAUAUUUACAUUGUGUGUAUUUGGCUGAUUAAUUUAUAUUAAUUCUUUAUUGUGAUAGGUGUUUAUAUAUAUUUAUUUGUAAUAUCAAGAUUAUUAUUAAUUAUUAUUUUAUAUAAUUUAAUUUUUGUUAUAGCCAUAUUUUUUAUCUCUAUGUAAAAUUGUUAUACCAUUUUUGAUAUUUUAAAUGUAUACCUAUUUAUUAUUUAUACCUAGAUCUGAACAAUAAAUAAUUUUACAAAC